AUGGGGUCCUUCGUUCGUUCGGAGGAAAUGCGCUUCUGUCAACUGAUCGUAGAGAAAGAAGCAGCUUUCAAUUGCGUCGCUGAACUCGGCAAACAACCCUACGUGCAAUUCAAAGAUUUGAAUCCCGAUGUCAACCCCUUCCAAAGAACGUUUGUGCGACACAUUCGACGAUACGAUGAGAUGGAGAGAAAGCUCAGGUUUCUGGAGUCGCAAAUCACUAAGGAUGAGAUCCCGAUUGCUGGAAGGCUGGUUCAAGGUGACUACAGUGUGAUGCCGACAGCGGAGUUGAACCAAUUGGAGACGACUCUCACUGAUCUUGAAAGAGACGUUCAAAACAUGAACGAAUCUGAUGCACAACUCAAGAAGAACUAUAUGGAGCUGAAGGAAUGGGAAGCGGUUCUCGAGAAAACCGAUGAGUUCUUCCACGGAGGAUUGGACGAUCAGGCAGCUGAAGAACUCGAUAUUCAAGAGGAAGAAUAUAGCAAAGCGCGAGAAGGCACCGAUCAGAGGAUUAAAGUUCAAAAAGACGUUUUCAUCGUUUUCUACAAAGGAGACCGGCUCCGCAAUAUCGUCGAGAAGGUGUGCGACGGUUUCAAGGCGAAACUCAUGAAGAACUGCCCUAAGACAUUCAAGGACCGACAGUCUGCUCGCAUUGAUGUGAAGGCUCGUCUACAGGAUGUUAAGACAGUGCUCGGUCAGACUCAAGAACAUCGAUACCGGGUUCUGCAGAGGCUGCUGCUAAUAAUCACAACAACUGGCUGA